UAGCCUUCUCCAUCAUUUGUCGGGAGCUGCAGCAAAUCAUCUGCAACAUGUCGCACCUGAGCAUCCUGACCUUCAAAUACAAUCUAGCGAAGCUCCGGUUCAAGCCCUCCCGGCCGGCCGGACGGCUGCUGUCCGCCAGGGACCGGCAGCAGUCGGACCUGAUGAUGUACAAGCCUGACGAGGAGGAGAUGGCCAAGGUGUUCGACAAGAUCGCCGGCGAGCCUGGCCGGAUCUCGAGGAGCGACCUCCAGGUGCUCCUGCAGAGGUUCGAGAAGGCGGACGCCGCGGGCGAGGCGCGGCGCAUGGUCUGCGCCGCCGACAGCAACAAGGACGGGUACAUGGACCUGGAGGAGUUCAUGGAGGUGCACAGGAACGGCGUCCAGCUGGGCGACAUACGCCGGGCCUUCUUCGUGUUCGACAGGGACAGGGACGGCAGGAUCACCGCGGAGGAGGUGAUGGACGUCCUGCGCAGGCUCGGGGACAGCUGCAGCCUUGAGGACUGCCGGAGGAUGGUGAAGGAGAUCGACAGGAACCAUGACGGGUUCGUGGACAUGGAUGACUUCAUGGCCAUGAUGACUCGCCCGAGGAAGAGGAUGUAAACAUUUGUGGGUCAAGCAAAAGCCUACGUCUGGUGCCAACGCUGGUUUAGCUCGUCUCCAUUGCGUGUAACAUAAACUGAAACUUGUAAACACCAGGAAGAAUAAAUAAAGUAAACGCCCCUAUGCUUCUAAGCUUAA